CCAGCAGUAGUGAGCUUGUAGCUAAAGAGACAGGAGUGUGGCUGAUAUUUUUGCCUUUUUUAACUUUAAACGUAAUGGCUUUGGCAACUUCUAUGAGAGUAAGGGUUCAACCGAUAACUGGGACCACUUCUGAGAGUUUGAAAGGAUCACAGGAAAAGUCUCAAUCUAGAGGAGGUAUGAUGACUCGGUCUUUGGAAGCUGAAGGUUUCUCGACAAAAUCAAGGCUCAAAAAUUCAAAGGUUGUAGAGCCACCGUCUUGUGGUGCUUUCAAAAAGCGACCUUCGCCACCAACAAACUUCAAAAAGUGCUACGAAAGAGGUGACUUUCCAAUCGCUUUAGAGCAUGACACCAAAGGAAACAAGAUCGCAUGGAAAGUUGAGAUUGAAAAGCUUGACUACCACCACUACCUUCCACUCUUCUUCGAAGGUCUCUCUGAAACGUCACAUCCUUAUGAAUUUUUCGCUCGUCAAGGAGUUCACGAUAUGCUAGAGCAUGGAGGAAACAAAGUCCUUGGCGUUAUCCCUCAGCUGAUCAUUCCAAUCAAGCAAGCUUUGAAUACCAGAAAUCCAAAAGUUGUUUGCACAACACUAAAAAGUCUUCAGCAUCUUGUUGUAUCAGCUGAUUUGGUCGGCGAAGCUCUAGUGCCUUACUAUCGACAGAUUCUACCUAUCCUUAACAUCUUUAAAAACUGGAAUCUCAACUCGGGAGAUGGAAUCGACUACAGCCAACAAAGACGAGAGAAUAUUGGUGAUCUUAUUCAAGAAACUUUAGAGAGCUUCGAGAGGAGAGGAGGCCCUGAUUCUUUCAUCAACAUCAAAUACAUGGUACCCACAUAUGAAAGUUGUAUGUUGAAUUAGACAUUGACUCUUUUCUAAAUAAUUUAGAGAUUAGUAAAUAAGAGGCUUUAUUCAAACUGAGAUACUGUAUUUUUUGAUUGAUGCUUUGCUUAUUUUUACUUUGUAAAUAUUAAUUUCAAGGUCGAGACAAAAGUGAGCUAACCUCAUUAUUAUGUUCUUGAAUUAAUUUGAUAAUCUUGUCCAUUUAGAGGUUAUGUAAGCUUAAAUGACAGCGUGUUUCAUGUAUUUAAUUGACAAAUUGAAUAAAGAUAUAUCACAAAUAUCCCUUGAAA